AUGACUGAUUCUUCUUUCAUAGCACUUUUAGUCUUUGUAGAUGACAUCAUGAUUGCAAGUAAUAGUGAUGCAGAGGUCCUCUCUGUUAAGGCGAUACUCGCACAGGCUUUCAAAAUCAAGGAUUUAGGACAGGCAAGAUUCUUUUUAGGGCUCGAGAUAGCUCGAAAUUCUGCUGGAAUAUCUGUCAGCCAGCGAAAGUAUUGCUUGAAUCUCCUCAGUGACACUGGUUAUUUGGGUUGCAAGCCUAAGAAUGUUCCCAUGGAUCCCACUAAGGCGUUAUUCAAAGACACUAGUGUUCUUCUUCCUGAAGCUGAGAUUAGUUCGUACAGAGCAUUGAUUGGACGUCUCUUGUACUUAACCAUCGCUCGACCAGAUAUCACUUUUGCAGUUAACAAGCUAAGCCAGUAUCUCUCCAGUCCUACGGAUGCACAUUUACAUGCUGCUCAACAUGUUCUCAAAUAUCUCAAAGAGAAUCUAGGACAAGAUUUGUUUUACUGUGCUCAUGAUGAUCUUGGUUUGACUGCAUUCUCUGAUGCAGACUGGGGUACUUGUCUCGAUACUCGACGCUCUGUCACAGGCAUGUGCACUUUCUUAGGCUCUUCACUCAUUACUUGGAAGUCUAAGAAGUAG